GCCUCCUCCUCUCUCUCUCUCUCUCUGGAAAAGAGAGUUCCCGAGGAAUCGCGAGCUAGGGUUCGGGUUCCGGCGAGCCGCCGCUGCUAGAGAUGCCGAAGAACAAGGGGAAGGGAGGCAAGAACCGGAAGCGGGGGAAGAACGAGGCCGAUGACGAGAAGCGGGAACUGAUCUUCAAGGAGGACGGCCAGGAGUACGCCCAGGUCCUCCGGAUGCUGGGCAACGGCCGCUGCGAGGCCAUGUGCAUCGACGGAUCCAAGCGCCUCUGCCACAUCCGCGGCAAGAUGCACAAGAAGGUAUGGAUCGCGGCCGGCGACAUCGUCCUCGUUGGCCUCCGCGACUACCAGGACGAUAAGGCUGACGUCAUCCUGAAGUACAUGCCCGACGAGGCCCGGCUCUUGAAGGCCUAUGGCGAGCUCCCGGAGAACACCCGCCUCAACGAGGGGAUCGGCGGAGGUCUUGAUGAGGAGGACGAGGGCGCCGGCGACGACUACAUCGAGUUUGAGGAUGAGGACAUUGACAAGAUCUAAGAGAGCUUGGGGGAUCAUCUGCCUUCGAUCUUCUCUUUUCCUCCUUCCGUGCUUCUUAUGUUUCUGUUCUGUGAGAUGUCUUUCUUUUAAUAGGUAAAAGCUUGAGGUAAUCUGGUAUGAUGGACAUAUAUUCUUAUUAUUAUGAAGAAGAAGAUGAUGAUGGCAGUGGGCUUGGGUAUGCUUGGCCAUCCUGUAACUCUUGGAUUCGGCGUGACUGGUGAUGAUGAUCACUGGAAUUAUUAGGGUUCACACUUUAUUUUACUGUUUAUCGAAUGUGAAUGGAAUAAUAACUCUUUGUUACUAUUAAAAAUUUCA